AUGGGCGGAGGAGACCACCACCACCACGCCGAUGCGGCCCACGGCGGCGAUUUCAGGGGUAAAGUGUGGAGCAUGACCGGCGGUCCCUACUGCCGGCCCAAGCACUGGAAGCGCAACACUGCCUUCGCCAUGUUCGGCAUCGUCCUGAUCUGCAUCCCCAUCGCCAUGAAAUCUGCGGAGCUCGAGCAACGUCCACACAUGCCAGUUCGUCCGAUCCCCUCCCAGAUUUGGUGCAAGAAUUUCGGGAAUAAGGAGUAUUAA